AUGUUUUCGGAAAGAUUCAGCUUCGAUAUACUGGUUCCCGAGUCGUGGCCAGAAUUGGUUCUGCUUAUCGAAAGUUUGUACUUUGAAUGUUUACACCAACUUGACGAAUACCGAAGCAACCGAAAUGGUCUGCAGAUUGUCCAGGACAUUGUGUUUGUGCUAGUAGUCAAUUACUAUCUAAAGCGCUUGUGGAGAUUGGUCAAAGACAAAGGCAUUACAGGAAUCAUUGAUAGUCUCAUUUUGAGGUCGGUGUCCUUUUUUAUGAGUAUUAGUUUCGUCAAGCGUAAGAUCGACAAAGAAGUCAGCAAGGUAAGAGCAUCCAUCGAAGAUGAAUUGACUGGUCAGGAUGGCAAAUUUCCAGUGUUCAACGAACUACCAGUUGAAGGAUUGAAGGAGAAACAAGUUUUGGAGCUGCUGGAUAGAUUAGAUCAUGAUUACAAGCGAGGCGACUGGGAACAUGGACGUAUUUCUGGGGCAGUUUAUCAUGGUGGAAGCGAUUUGAUUCAUUUGCAAAGCCAGGCCUUUGAGAAGUACAUCAUUUCCAAUCAGUUGCAUCCUGAUGUGUUUCCUGGAGUCCGAAAAAUGGAAUCUGAAGUUGUCGCCAUGGUACUGGAUAUGUUCCACGGUCCAGAAGGCUCUUGUGGCACUACAACAUCAGGGGGUUCUGAAUCGUUGUUGCUGGCCUGUUUAGCGGCCAAGAUGUAUGCCUUACAUGAACGUGGCAUCACGGAACCUGAAAUGAUUGCCCCUAUUACCAUCCACGCGGCUGUUUACAAGGCAAGCUAUUACUUCGGAAUCAAAUUGCAUGAAAUCCCAGUAGACUCUGAAACAUACAAAGUUAAUCUGGCCCAGGUGAAGAAGCACAUAAACCGAAACACCGUUUUGCUACUAGGAUCGGCACCUAACUUCCCUCAUGGAAUAGUGGAUGACUUUGAGCACGGUCUGAACGAUUUGGCACUGAAGUACAAUAUUCCAUUACAUGUAGAUUGUUGUUUGGGCUCUUUUGUUAUGGGAAUGAUGGAAAGAGCCGGGUUUGAAGAUGCUCCAAAGUUUGAUUUCAGGCUGAAUGGUGUUACGUCGAUUUCUUGCGAUACUCACAAAUACGGAUUUGCCCCGAAGGGGUCAUCGGUUAUUCUGUACCGAGAUGAAGGCAUGCGAAAGUACCAGUACUACAUCAAUAGCAAAUGGACGGGAGGUUUGUAUGGUUCGGCGACGCUGGCAGGGUCUCGUCCAGGUGCACUAACGGUAGGCUGUUGGGCUACGAUGGUUCACCUCGGACAACAAGGUUACAUUGACUCCUGUAAGUUGAUUAUCAAUACAGCUCGCAAGAUCAAAAGUGAAAUUCAGAGCAUCAAGGGGCUUUCUAUAAUCGGAGACCCUAUCGGAUCUGUUGUAGCCUUCACAUCCGAGAACUAUUCCAUCUAUGAUAUUACCGAUCGACUGAGUGCAAAAGGAUGGCAUCUUAGUACUUUACAGAGACCCCCCGCCAUCCACAUUGCAGUUACGAUCCCGACAUGCAAGGUCAGCAAUGAGCUAAUUUCAGAUUUGAAAAAUAUUAUGACCGAGAUAGAACGGGAUGCUGAAGACCCUAAAAUUGGCAAAAAGGAAAACAAGAAUGACACGGCGGCUCUUUACGGAAUUGCAGGUAGCGUCAAGACUGGACCUAUUGCUGACAGAGUUAUUGAAGCCUUCCUAGACACAAUGUACAAGAGCUGA